CUGCGGGAGUUGUGGCUCAGAGAAAAUAAUGUGAAGAUUUGAGUGUAGGACAUGCGCAGAUGCGGGAUGCCAUAUUGCAGAGAGAGAGAGAGAGAGAGAGAGAGCUUCAGCCGGAGGAGGAAAGAAAGGGGGAAUCUGCCGAAUUUCCGACGCUUGAAGAAACUUCAUUAAGUGCAGGCCUCAAAUCACUGUGAGCUGACAAAGUGGGAAACAGUCAGCAAGACUCUACGUUUCCAAGGCAACAGCCUUCACAAGGAACCGAUGAUGACAUCAGCAGGGAGGAGCACUCAGAGCCCGUCCAAUGGGAGAGCAGAACACAGUCACUCAGACAUGGAGUGUGGAGAAGAGGAACUGGACUUUAACUGGGAUGAGUAUCUGGAGGAAACAGGAGCCACAGCAGCUGCACACACCUCAUUCAAACAUGUGGAGCUGAGUCUGCAGAGCAGCUUCCAGGCCGGGAUGAAGUUAGAAGUGGCCGACAGGAGUCGUGCUGACACAUACUGGGUUGCUACUGUCAUCACAACAUGCGGCCAGCUGCUGUUGCUGCGCUACUGUGGCUACGGCGACGAGCGCAGCGCUGACUUCUGGUGUGACGUCAUGACUGCAGAGCUGCAUCCUGUGGGCUGGUGUGCACAGAACAGCAAACUGCUGCAGCCUCCUGAAGAUAACGUUUACCUCAGAGCAGCUAUUAAAGAGAAGUACAGCAACUGGACUGAGUUUCUGGUGAAGGAGCUCACAGGCUCAAGAACAGCACCAGCUAACCUGCUUGAAGGGCCUUUGAGGGGUAAGAACACAGUGGAUCUGAUUGUGCCUGGGUGUGUGUUAGAGAUCCGUGACGCCAACGAGCCAUUUGUGUACUGGGCAGUGCAGGUGCAGCGAAAUGUCGGCGGCCGUCUUUGGCUCAGCUAUGUGGGACUGGAAGAACCCACCUACUACAUCUGGAUUUUCUACCUCGACAUCAGGCUUCGUCCACUGGGCUGGGCCAAAGAGAACGGUUUCACAAUGGAGCCACCAAAAGAAGUGCGCGAUCUGAGGAGUGCUACAGAGUGGAGCGACGCUGUAGAGAGAGCCAUGUUUACAGCCCAGGAAAAAACCCUGCCUCUGGAGGUCUUUAAGGAUCAUGCCGAUUUGCGUAAACACUCGUUCAAAACGGGGAUGAAACUAGAGAUGGUGUCACCACAAGAACCCUUCCACAUCUGCCCUGUGUCUGUCACUAAAGUGUAUAACGAGUACUACUUCCAGGUCACUGUGGACGACCUGAGUGAUGAAGCCCCGCCCUGUUCGGUGUUGUGUCAUGCCGAUUCUCCAGGCAUCCUGCCAAUCCAGUGGUGCUUGAAGAACGGUGUUGGUUUGCAGAGGCCUAGGGGGUUUCAGUCUCAGGACUUUGACUGGGCAGAUUAUCUGAAGCACACAGGUACUGAGGCUGUCCCAGAUGCCUGCUUCCCCAAUGCGUCUCUGAGUCGGGGCUUCUAUAAGGGUACGUGGUUGGAAGCUGUAAAUCCACUUCAGCCAGCUGAAAUCAAUGUUGCACGCAUCACUCAGGUUAAAGGUCGGCUCCUCUGGCUCCGAUACGAAGGUCUGUCGAAGCCCCUAGCUGAGUGUAUAGUGGAUGUUGAGAGUAUGGAUAUCUUUCCCGUGGGUUGGUGUGAAGCGAACGUCUAUCCUCUAACGCCUUUACGCAAAGCAGUGUGUCAGUCUCAAAAGAAGAUUGCUGUGGUGCAGCCCGAGAAACAAUUGGCUCCUCCACCCAAAGAAAAUGUCCCUCUCGACAGUUGCCAGUCUGUCGCCAUGGAUUCAGUUUCUGUAAAUGGAAAGUACUGCUGCUCUCAGAUCUUUGUGAAUCAUCGCUGUUUUUCUGGGCCGUACCUCAACAAGGGAAGAAUCUCUGAGUUACCGCAAGCUGUGGGGCCUGGCAAGUGCACACUCGUCCUUAAGGAGGUACUGACGAUGUUGAUAAACUCAGCCUAUAAGCCUAGUCGUGUUCUCAGGGAGCUGCAGUUGGUGGUAGAUCCACAGUGGAACUGUCUGGAGGAAACCCUGAAAGCCAAGUAUAAAGGGAAGAGUUAUCGCGCAAGUGUGAGGAUUGUGUGUUUGGCUGAGCAGGUGGCAGAUUUCUGCCGCAGAGUGUGUGUAAAACUGCAGUGCUGUCCAAACCUGUUCGGCCCCACGCUCGUCUCAGAGAAGUGUCCGGAGAAUUGCUCCAUACACACCAAGACCAAGUACACACAUUACUAUGGAAAGAAGAGAAAAGUGGCCCGUCCCGGUCUGGGAGGGUUCACCCAGGAGGGUGACAUGGCCAAACCGACCCGCCUCAGAAAGAAACGUAAAGCCGUCUUCGUUCAAAAGAAACGCCGCUCUACUGUUACAAGAUACCAUGCCAUGGAAUCAGCUCAGGACAGUGAUGAUUUUGAUGAUUUUAAUGAAGAGGAUGAGUCAUACAGUGGGGAAAGCUCCAGCUUGGAGCUGCGUGAAGAGGCUCCUCUGCGCUUCUCUACACGGCGAGGCCGACCCUGCAGGUCUCUCACUGUGCCUGGGACUGGGGCAUCCACAGAGCAGCCAGCACUGCGCAGAUCCACACGCUCGCUCUCUUACACACACAACCAGGCAGCCAAGCACACACACACAAAGACGGCACGUACAGAAGAGGAAGAGAGCCGCUUGGUUCUAGAGAGGAAUCCCCUUGAGUGGAGUGUGUCAGAUGUGGUCAACUUCAUCAUGUCUACAGACUGUGCCUCACUAGCCAAGAUCUUCCAAGAGCAGGACAUUGAUGGCCAGGCCUUGUUGUUGCUGACCCUCCCAACUGUUCAGGAGUGUAUGGAUCUAAAACUCGGCCCUGCGAUCAAACUCUGUCACCAGAUCGAGCGUGUUAAAGUGGCCUUCUAUUCCCAGUAUGCUAAUUAAGCUUACACAGACUAACAUCUAUUUCUCUCAGUGGAUAAAUACGCUUGAUACACACUGCUCAGGGGCUCUCACACCAUCCGGGAAGAAAAAAAAUACACAACUGGUCAUAUGCUGCAAAGGUGAAAGCACAGCGCUUUCCUGAAGAACUUCUGAAAACCCCUUUGCUGUUUAUAACGAAAGGGUUUUACGUAAUGGAUGAUGGGGGGACGGCAGUUGAAGAAAUAUGAAGUGAUAAUACAGAAAGCGGUCUGAUGUUCUUUAUGUGUAUAUUCUUUGUGUUUGAGGUUACUGAAGCAGAUGUUUCGGAAGGAUGAUUUCUAUUAGGAAUAGCAGUUUACAGACAGCGGAGGGUGUUUCUCAAUACCAGAAACGAGUAGAACGGACUUGCAUUCACAUAAAGUUACCUUGAUCUCACCAACUAGGAUCAAUUUGACAUGUAAUGCAUUACUGAUACUUGCCUUGAGCGCAAACAGCUUGUGGCUUCCUAAGCAAUUAAAUAAAAGCUUAUUAAGUCUGGGAUUAUACGUGACACCUGACUGCAUUUACUACACUAGGCUGGAUGUAGUAUUGGAUCGAUGCAUAUUAAAAAAAACCGCAAAAACUUAAAAUAAAUUAAUUGAGGCAAUUAUAAAUUGAUUAGUAUUAAUUUGAAUUCAUUAUGAAUAGAUUAUUACCAAAAAAAAUCUGAUGUGAAAAUUAAAAUAUUUAGCAUUUUUAAACUGAUGUGUAAAUAAUUUAACAGGCUUCUAAGGUGACUCUGAUACUUAAAAUAAUCUGUCUCAUAUGGUCACGAAUCGUAUCUUUUCAACAGACUCAGCGAUAUUGUCAAUUAUUCUAUCCACAUUCACUGGAUAUGAGCAAUCCCAUGCUCUGAUUGGCUACUCUACUACUAAGAUAUCAGCUCAUAUACCAUGAGUAGAGAAAAGCAAAAUGGCGGCACAUGUUGCUGAACCAACCGAGGACGAAAUAGAAACUUUACUCGAAAACAAAACCCGAAAAAAAAGCAAUAAAAUGGUAAGAAUGAACCUUUUUAUUUUUUCAAGAAUUAUUAUACCAUUUUUCACAAAUUGCUGCUGUCAUUUCGCCGGUCUGUUUACAUUCUAAGCGGAAAUGAUUUUGUCUGACGUUUUGUAUAAAGUUUUUAUGUAUCGAAUUUGCAAAAUAAUAAAAAUGCUCAAUUUCUUAAAAUCCAGUGAAUGUGGAUAGAAUAAAACAGCUAUUCCACUCGAUCUCGUCGGACAUGGCUUAUAGACAACUCAGCGCUACACACUUCAUCCGCGAUCAGCUCGUGUACGACUCAGUUUCGUGGAAUAAUUAUUAAAUAUUGAAUUGUUGCCUUUUUUGGUCAUAUGCUAUCAUGUGCACGCUUGAAAUUUCACCCCUAGUGUGAAUGCAACUGUAAUGCAAGCUCACACGCAUUCCUUUUAUAUCUCCAGAGGAUUAAAAAUUGUGUCCACAAGGGGGCAGGUCAGAGCCGAAGCAUACCUCACUAGCCACUGACCAGUUCCUCUGAUUCUCAAUGAUAAAAUAAACAGUGAAGAUAACAGGACUCGAGCAGGCCAUGAUAGACAAUCGCAGCAUCGUGGUAGGUAGUAUAUCACUCCGUUAAACCAAUCUUAUGGGGAGGAUGCUCACGGCAUUCAUACUCACUGCUAUUGCACCGCAUGCCUGUGCUAUUAUUAUUUAUUUAUUUAUUUAUUUAUUUAUUUUUGACGGGCGCAAUCAGAAUAUCUCGCAGCCAUCUUAGAUAUGCACAUGCACAAACAACAGCCUGAAGCUAUCGCUGGAUUUUAGUGCGAACUAAUUGAUUUCACUAGCAUGAGCCCUGUCCUGAGGUGAUUCAUCUCAUCUAAUCUCAUCUACCAUCACUGUAUUUCCAUAAACUACAGAGUUUGGGUGGGCUUCCCAAAAGCCCUUAACAUGAAGAGUGUCUUAACUAGGAGAGAGAGAGAGAGAGCAUUCAUUGUUCUGCUCGCUUUACCAUUUAACAAUGAUCUUUGUGCUGCGGUGCUUUUGGGAAACUCGGCACAGAACUUUCAAUUCAUUCUCAUUAGUUACAUAUCGAUGAAUCACUGAUAUCUGGGAAGCACCCAGCUGUUUUAACCAUUCUUCUAUACUUCACUGGGGGAACUGAAGUUCAGCGAUGGAAUAUGAUUUACAGCAGUACCUAAGAACAAACAAGAAAGAGCACGUAUUGAGAAACACCCGAAGUUCCUGUUAAAGAACUGUGAUCCAUUGCCAGACCUGUCUGUAUUUUCCCUUCAGAGACCAAAUGAUAUAUUUAUACAAGUGUAAUUAUAAUUAGAUUUGAAGGACCAGUGUAUAAAGCAAAAUAAUAUAUUUACGAUAUUUAUUUUGGCCUGAAUAACAGGCGCUCUUUUUUUUUUUUUUAAUUGUUGUUUUUUGUUUGUUUGUGUUUUUUUUUAAAGGGGAUGGUACAGAUUGGUACAUCGUUCCUUAUUUCUACCACUUUGUUAAAAAAAAACACUGGAUACUGUAUGGAAAUGUUUCAUAAUCUAUGCAAAAACAUACUUUUUCUUAUGGCGAUUUUGUACAUAGGCUGUGUAUAUGAUUUUAUUACCUAAUAGUAAAAUCUAGUUUUAAUACAACAUUGUGAUGCACUGGAAAAAAAACUGAGCUGAGAUUUGCCCUUUUGUAAUUUAUUAUUAUUAUUAUUAUUAUUAUUAUUAUUAUUAUAUACCAGAAACAGAAUUUUUCUUCCUUAUCCUCCCAAGGAGAAAAAAAAUGUAAAAGAAAAUAUAACCAUAUGACAAAGACAGUGCAAGGGCGCAGAAAUCUAACUAAUAUCCCGUGACUAUUUAUACAUCCCAGUAAAAAUUAAACAAUUGUUGAACGAUGCUGUAAAUCACCCAUUGCCCAUAAAAGAGUCACAAACUUUCAGAAUGUAA